AAUGUUUAUAUGUGUAUAUUUAUUGUUUGGUCAGCAAAUACAGGACAUUUGAAUUGAUUUUGUGCUAAGACUCUAAUGUUUUCUAAUAAAAUAUAUCCAGUCUCAUAAAAAAUAAUCAAAUCAAAUGCGAACGAACGAAUCAAAUGCCAGGAACUAACUUGUUUAGAAAUAAGAAAGUCGUAGAGAUUUGGUCAACGAUGUAAAACUCUGUUAGACUUUGUAUUAGUAUCAUCAACAAUGUACAUUCAAACACUCUACCCACACAUGUAUAUAUAAAUGAUGAUAAUGUACUCUUGAGAAAGUCACAUACGAACAAAGGAAAGCAAACAAACCAAACAUUUGCUUUUUACCCGGUUUAGACAACGAUCUUUCAUGGCUUACACUAACAAGAUUCCAGCAGCAGCUGCGGUUGCGACAGCGAUGCUCUUUUUAGCAGUUAUGAUGGCUCCCCGGUGGACGGAGGCACAAACGAUGCCAAAUCUGGAUCCAGUGUGCACAAUAUUGAUUACUGACAUUAUGACAAAAUGCUACUUAUCGGGGAAUUUGGCGCCAUCUACAGAAUGCUGCGAUGAUCUCAAAUCGGCGAACAGUAAGCAAGUAACGUGUCUCUGCGACAAUUUCAUUGCACAUCCUUCUAACAACAACGUCACACAAGCUCUCUUGGAGGUAUACCACCACGACUGUGGCGUUGCUGACAAAUUCGUCUGCAAAGCAGGAAACUCCAAUGGAGGAGCAGCUAAGAAGAUCAGUGCAUCAAUUGGUCUACUUGGUUUGGCUACAAGUCUAUUCUUUUAAUUAAUUAAAGCUUGGGCUUAUCAAAUACUAUUGUGUAAUUCUUCUUCUUUCUUAUUUUGUUGUUUGUAUUUUUGUUUUCUUCCAAAUCUGACAACUGGGAAACCAAUAUAUUCAUUUAGUUGGUCUUUGCAUUUGUAACAAGCUUUGUUAGUAAAUGGUUAUAUUGUAACUUGUAAGUCUGCUUCUGAAAUAUAUUAUUGGAUUAUCCUUCACUA